GCAACGUUCAGCACGGACAGCCAACACAACUCAACCGAGCGCAGAGCUUACCUGGCUCCGCCGAGAUAUUUAUAUUUUCCCCUGAAAAGGAAGGAGUGUGGACCGCCGGAAAGCCCUGACGUCACCAUGACAGGUAGACAGUAAAGAAAGGUUUGAGUCGUGAGGAGGAGAGGGAGUUAACACUGCGGGCGUGCUUGAGGUGGCCUCUCCAUCCCGGUGAACACCUUUCCGGGCUCGGAGCGCGCUCGGACGCACGUUUGACGAUGGACGGCUGGCCGCCGCUGCUGCUGCUGGCUCUCCUCGCCAUUGCGGGAGGCGGCCUUGGGGCAGACACAGAGGAGCGGUUGGUGGAGCAUCUCCUAAACCCAGCGCAUUAUAACAAACUGAUCCGUCCUGCGACUAACGGCUCUGAGCUGGUUACUGUGCAGCUGAUGGUGUCUUUGGCCCAACUCAUUAGUGUUCAUGAACGAGAGCAGGUGAUGACCACCAAUGUCUGGCUAACACAGGAGUGGCAGGACUAUCGUCUGACUUGGGUCCCCGAGGAGUUUGAUGGAAUGCUGAAGGUCAGGCUGCCCUCCAAACACAUCUGGCUGCCUGACGUGGUGCUUUACAACAAUGCUGAUGGGGUGUACGAGGUGUCGUUCUACUCUAAUGCAGUGGUGUCUUACGAUGGCAGCAUCUUCUGGUUGCCCCCGGCAAUCUAUAAAUCAGCCUGUAAGAUUGAGGUCAAGCACUUCCCCUUUGACCAGCAGAACUGCACGCUGCGCUUCCGCUCCUGGACCUACGACCGCACUGAAAUCGAUCUGGUGCUUCGCGCUGAUGUAGCCAGCAUGGAUGACUUCACCCCCAGUGGAGAGUGGGACAUCAUCGCCCUGCCGGGCAGACGAAAUGAAAACCCAGCUGACCCUACUUACGUGGACAUCACAUAUGACUUCAUCAUUCGCAGGAAGCCUCUUUUUUAUACUAUCAACCUCAUCAUCCCGUGUGUGCUCAUCACCUCGCUGGCGAUCCUGGUCUUCUACCUGCCCUCUGACUGUGGCGAGAAGAUGACACUCUGCAUCUCAGUGCUGCUGGCUCUCACCGUGUUCCUGCUGCUAAUCUCCAAGAUCGUCCCACCAACUUCACUGGAUGUUCCUCUGGUCGGAAAGUAUCUGAUGUUCACCAUGGUUCUGGUCACUUUCUCUAUCGUCACCAGUGUAUGUGUCCUGAAUGUGCACCAUCGUUCUCCCACCACACACACCAUGCCCCCUUGGGUUAAACUAGUGUUCCUCAACAAGCUUCCUGCCCUGCUCUUCAUGCGCCAGCCGAGAAACAGCUGCGAGCGUCAGCGGCUGCGUCAAAGGAGGAGGGCGCAGGAGCAGAGCGAGGGUGGUCGAAGUGGAGAGGCAGGGGCCUUGAUGGUGGGGCUCGGGCUGGGAACUGCUGGUGGGAAUGGAGGGGGGACCUCCACAGUGUUUGGUAAGGAGGACAGUGACCCUUGUACGUGCUAUGUGAACCGCGCGUCUGUUAAACAGUUUGGAGGGGAUCUGGGAGGUGCAGGAGGGGGAUCCAUCGAUGGUCUAAACAGAGUCAGAGAAGGUCGAGAAGGGAGCUCUGGAAACCUUCCAAGAGGGAAGCAAGCAGCUGCAGGUCCUGCUUUGACCCAGGCCCUGCUGGCUCAAGCCUGUCCAGGCUUUGAGGAAGCUGUGGAAGGAGUACGCUUCAUCGCAAAUCACAUGAAGAGCGAGGAUGAUGAUCAGAGUGUGAGCGAGGACUGGAAGUAUGUUGCCAUGGUGAUCGACCGCCUCUUCCUGUGGAUCUUUGUGUUUGUAUGCGUGUUCGGCACGAUGGGCAUGUUCCUGCAGCCGCUCUUCCAGAACUACACAGCCAAGACCAUCAACAUGCCAGGUUGACCAUUUUUCCCCAGCCACAAUCACGCUGACAGACAGCUCCCCGACCAAUCAGCACAGCAGGACAUGGGCCGGAGGCGGGGGGUGGGUCUGGGUUUUAAUGUGUCUAUGGUACAGGAACCAGAACUGGAAUAAACAACAAUCACAUCCAUUACCUUUAUAGUAACAGUUUUUGCAACAAACGAUUUUUCUCCUAUGAAGAUAAAGAAAAACACCAUCUUACUCUUACCUGCAGGUUUUUGGUUGUUGUUUUUUUUGUCCAGAUGCUUAAUGGUGUGACCUCUUUCUGGUGGAAAGGUCUCUCCCUGCUUCCCUCUUCAGCCAGCCAGGGAGUGAGGAUUCUCCGAGUUAUUCCUUGUUGAACCUUACGCCAGCUAGUUAACACUUUCCGCAUUACACUGACUGCUUAAGUGACACGUGACAUACCUGUCUUCAGCUACGACAGACGUUACUUAUUCACUAUGUUAAUUGAUGUCAGUAUCAGAGAGGAAAGGGAAGUUUAUAUCAAUAUCAAGGUUCUUAUACUCCCCCCCCCCAAAAAAAAUCCACUCUGUCAGUAAACUGAUUCAGUAUAUUUUAUCAUAGCAUAGCUGCUUACCACAGUAUAGCAUUGAGUAUAUAUUAUUAAGAUUUCUCUAUGUUUAUUAGAUCAUGCAAGGAUAUGACGCUAAAAGAGAGACUAUGGUGUGUUGUAUGAUUGUAUAGAUAUAACCAGAAUGUGAUAUAAACUGUAAUACACAGCCUGUGAUGCGCACACUAACACAAUAUGUGUAAAAGCAACAGAUUGUGAAGGAAAAAUAUAUAGAAGGUAGUUGUACUUCGAAAAGAGCCAGGUUGCAUUAUUACAUAAAAGUCAAAGGGAUGAAGUAAUAGAUUAUGCAUGGACGGUUUUCUGCUCAGACUGUUGUGCACAGUAAGUAGAGAACAGCCGCAGCCUGCUGUGCCAGAGUGCACAGCAGCACUGAGACGAGUCUAGCUCCUGAGAAAUUGAGGAAGCUGAGCCAAGAGUGUGGAUAUGGGCUCCUAUUUGAUGGGCGGUGGAACAUGGUGGAUUGAUGGGAGGUGUAUCAUGGAUAUUAAGUCAUGUCACAACUGUUCAUUUUCUGUUAUCAGAGCAGGACAAAGCCUCAUUCGCUCGUCAUUUUCUCCUCUCUCCUCUCCUCUCCUGAAUAUAUAAUUCUGCAGUGGAUUUUGUUCGUGUAUGUAAUGUCCAGAACAUAUGUACACAUGUACAUCUGUGAGAUGCAGUGUCCAGAGGAGCAUAACACAUGUAUGUAUCCCUCCCAUCCUUCCACCCUUUCAAUUAAUCUCUGCUGUCCUCUCUCCAGUCCCGCUCUGUUUAUCUGGUCUUCCACGGGCGCUCACUUCUGACAUUUAGUCCACUUAGAACAACAGCUAACUUCCAGUCAUUAGUGCCGUAUUCUUUUUGUGGCAGAUUUCCACAAUCUUCACAGGAUCCCUGACAACAAAGACGAUGCAAAAGGUCUUUUCAGGCACACAUGCAGUCGGGUGGGGGGAAUUAAAUUUUUAGUAAACAAGAGCAAAAUGCCAACAGGAGCAACAAUGAAGCAGUCCUGGCAAGGCAAUAAGUUGUGCAAAAUCACAAGCAGAAAGGGUGAAUGCCGAGGAGAAAAAAAAAGCAGGAUAGGCAGAGACAAAAGACUCUUGUUAUUAGUGCAAUGGAAAGGUACGAUAAACCUCUGGAAAAAGGCCAUCUCCCCAGUCACUGUCAUUUGCUACAGGUUUCCUGGCUUUAUGCAGUCGUGUGACCAACUCUGCAGCUCAACUCAGUUUUGGACUGGAAGGCGUCUCUUGCUGUGUCUAGGGCGGAUGGGAUUACCCGCGGGGGUUCCCGGGCAGAUCCCGAACAAGUGUGAAAAGCCUAUCAGAGACCUGUGAAAACUGUAGGCUGCAUGUCUCCACACGGAGAAAGUGCUGCUGUCCACUCUCUUCUCUUUCUCUUUUUGACCUUUCCACUCUCCUUCCUUUCUCUCUCACUUCCUCUCUCAUUAUGCUCUCCCAUCUUUCACCUUCCCCUUCCUGACUCUAAAAUCUGCUCCUGUGCACACCUUAACCAGUCCAAUAAAGGUUGUAGG